UACAAACCUUGUCUCUAACAUGUCAAAAAAUUAUAGCUGUCAGAAUUCUACGGUAUUAAAAAUCAGAGUAUAGUUUUUCCUGCGACGAUUUAUUUGAAGAAAGAAGAUCAAAAUAUAUUGUGACAUUUAUGCAUUCGUUUUAGUCUAUGCUUAAAUUUAAGUAUCUCAUCCAAAAUCAAAUUUAUUGUUCCGAGGAAUAAUGUUAACUAAUUUAAAAUAUUAGCUCUCCAUAAUCUUUGACAAAAAUAGAAAAUGGGAGUAAAAAUUAAAAGUGAAAACACGUCAAUUAGUUCCCGAUGUAUAGAAGUAAACUUGCGUUGCGCCUCGUAAUCGAUGCGUGUGACAGUGUGACGUCAUCUCACAACACUCGGUCAACGCUUGCACUUUCAGCACAAAACUCUUACGUUUCAUUAGAAAUUUUAAAAUGGAAAUGAUGUGUUGUACUAAUACAACCGCCAAUGCGCCGCGUAAAUAGUUUUUUAACGUUCCAAAGGACGUAGAAAUGCAAAAGAAAUUGAUAAAAUCUAUGAAGAGUGAAAUCGCGGGAUACCAAUCGCGAUAAUAGCAAGAGAAGAAACCUGGCAGAGGGGCCAGAUCAGAGGAUUCUCCCCUAGAUUUAGGGGUUUCUCAACCGAGUAAGGGGCAAAAGGGGGAGAAAGAAUAUUAGAGUUAUUGUUCGCGUUUCUGGCGCGUUGUUUGUUCGUGGUACGAUGAGCGGCCGCAGUUUUUCCGUCUAAAUCAGUGAUAGUGUGUUUUGUGCUGUGAAAAAUGGCUCGAUUAACGGAGGAAAUGGUGAUCGCUAGAUCGAAACAAUCGGAUUUAUCAUCGAUAAAAAAGCUAAACUGCUGGGGAGCCGAACUCGGUGAUGUCAGCGUGUUGAGAAAAAUGCCCAAUGUUGAAGUUCUAGCGUUCAGCAUAAACAAGAUCCGUACGCUGGUUGAUUUUGCGGGGUGUCGUCGCCUUCGUGAGCUGUACGUUAGGAAGAAUGAGAUCCGGGAUUUAGCUGAGAUCAGACAUCUGAGACGUCUUCCUGAUCUGACGAACCUCUGGCUGGAUGAGAACCCUUGUACGAGACAUUCUGAGUACAGAAUGACAGUACUUCGUAAUCUUCCGAAUCUGGAGAAGUUGGACAAUGUUCCCGUUAGACCUGAAGAGGUCCAAGAGGCGAUGAGACGCGGCAUCCAUAUACCAGAUUCUGAUGACGAAGGGUAUCCUCAGCAGCAGGAGCAAUACGGUCAAUACCGGACCGCGAGGUCGUGCGAGUCGAGCCCCGAGAGGGAGCCCGAGUAUUAUCAACCUCAGACCGCGAGGGAGCAGGGAAGCGACGGUUCCGUCGAAGAAACAUCCGAGCCGAGAUCUCCGCUCGCGCCCACGUGCCCGGCGUCACCGCGCCGUGUGGCGUCGCCCGAAGACGAGAGGUACGAGCACCCGGCGAUGACCGCUUCUCAUUACGAGCCGAGAACUACGAGGUCUCCGGAGGCGGCGGCUCUGAGGCAUUCGGUGUCGGCGCACAGCGUCAAGGACUACGCAUACUCGUCGAGCAAUGGCGAAUGGAGACAGUACGGUGCGCCUGCGCAAGACUGUUGCGAGCGGAGUGAUCGAAGCGAUACGUACUCUGUCCGGGAAUGGGAGAGGAGCGAAAGAGGCGAGAGGGGGGCCAAUUCGGGGGGGAGGGAGUACCCCUCCGCGGUUAUGGCCGAACGGAGGGGCUUCACUAGGCGACCCGUCGCCAGGAAUUCGAAUCUGCUGUCGGCCGUACUCUGUCUGGUGAAGGAGCUGGACUACCCGAGCUUAGAGGUCGCGGAAAUGGCCGUCAGAUGUCGCAUGGAUGAGUUGGCGAACGGCCAGUGACACGAAGACAUCCAUUAAUCUUACAUUAUAUUGGAAUCGGUACAAAGCGACGGCCAUUUGGUGAAUGUUUCGUGAUCGCAAGUUGCUAAUGCGCCGGAACCUCGUCGUACCAACUGCCUAACAGUACGUGGACUGCCGAGUUUCUCAUUCUGAAUAAUCUUCAUAGAGUGAUUUUAAUGAUUAUCAGACGUGACUAAGAGUCACGAGGACACGUGUGUUUUAAUUGUAUGGUAAAGCGCAUUAGGAUUUUGCGGAACGCAGACAAACAAUUAACAUCGACCUCUACAGAAUGCCCCGAUGCCCCAAACGUGGGGAAUUAAUGCAAUUGUGAUUUAAUGUACAUAUAGCUUUUAAAUUGCCGGUGGUUUUCGCGAUUUGUUUUUAAUUUGCAAGUUUUGAAUCCGUUGCAACACAUUAUUCAUACAAAUAUUGUACUUUGUUUACAUAAGUUGAGAUGUAAGAGUAUUUAUGUUUAUUAUUAUAUAGUUUUUUAAUAUUUUCUUAUCGGUAUCUAAGAAAUGCAAAAAAAUGAUUUUUUUUAGAAUGUUACAUAUUUUGUUAGACUUUUUAAUCUGGCAAAAAUGUAAUGCAAAAACUAUUUGUAUUAUGUUAAAAUUUGACAGGUGACAGUUGACAUCUAUUAAAACGGGUUAGUAUGUCAUCUGAGCCCACAAAAUUCCAAUGAUUCAGUCACUAGAAAAAACAAAAUUAAAAAGAAAUUAGUUGUCAACCGUCAAUCGUUAUGUCAUUGAAAGAAAAUUGUCAGCUGCAAUAUGCUUUCGAAGGAUUUUUAUAUGUUAUGCCAUUACUGAGGCAGAUGAAUUAAUUUGUACAAUUACCUUUGUAGUGUAACCGUCCUCGUAAUUUAGUUGAACUAUACCCGUCUCGCUUUAAUAAUACACUUUAACGAGAGACGACAUGAUGUAUGCUCGAGAAUAGUUUUACUUUAGCCGCCCCACUCUAAUAAUGUGUGCAAGAGAGAGAUGGAUUGCAAUGGCUUCCGCGCGUGCCUCUGUAUUAUGCUAGACCUGUAAAAAAU